UCCGUCCCAUUCUCGUGAAAGCAAUAUCUCAUAUUCUUUAUUUGAAUAUAUUGAAUAUAAAUUCAAUUUUUUCACUCUUGUUGUCAAUUACACACAGGUCCGAACACACAUGCACAAACCUAUACAUGCACUAAGUGGAGAGAUGUCAGAGUGAGGGGGCUGCCUUGGUCAGGCGCCCCAAGCGGUUGGGGGGGGUUCGGUGCCUUGCUCAAGGGCACCUCGCCAGUGCCCAGGUGGUGAACUGACACCUCUCCAGCCACCAGUCCACGCUCCAUAUUUGGUCUGGACGGGGACUUGAACUGGCGACCCUCCAGUUCCCAACCCAAGUCCCUAUGGGCUGAGCUACUGCCGCCCCCCAACUCAUAGUUCUUCAGGUAUGAGUUUUUCAAAUUUGGUCCACCUGGACUCAAGAAUGACCUGAUUAGAUUUUGGUGUUCAAAGGUCACUGUCAGUGGUGUGCACAGGUGGGGGUUGCCGCCCCUCGUGGCCCAAUUGUUGAAAAACACCUGCUAAAGUGCUCUCCUGGGAGCCAAAACGCGUGCUAAAGUGCCCUCCUGGGAGCCAAAACGUGCGCUACAGUCCCCUCUUGGGAACCAAAACGCCUGCUAAAGUGCCCUCCUGGGAGCCAAAACGCGCACUAAAGUGCCCUCCUGGGAGCCAAAACGCGCGCUACAGUCCCCUCUUGGGAACCAAAACGCCUGCUGAAGUGCUCUCCUGGGAGCCAAAACGUGCGCUAAAGUGCCCUCCUGGGAGCCAAAACGCGCGCUAAAGUGCCCUCUUGGGAACCAAGACGCCUGCUAAAAUGCCCUCCUGGGAGCCAAAACGCCCGCUAAAGUGCCCUUUUUUUUCUUUUCGCCCCUGCCCUUCAAAAAGUCUGUGCACGCCACUGGUCACUGUGACAUAACAAAACAUGUUUUUGGUCAUAACUUAAGAAUUCAUCUGCUAAUUAUGACAAAGUUUCACACAUAAGUCUGUGAUGACAUUUUAUAUCCAAAAGGUCAAAGGUCAGAUUCACUAUGACAUCGUAAUAUUCUGCCAAAACAUUUUUCUGGCCGUAAUUUAACGUCAUAACUCCGGAACAGAAGAGGAGACAUUUGGUCAGAUACUGAAUUGGUGACACUAAUCUCGGGUGCUCACCUUAAAACCGUGAUGAUUGUAUUGAUUGUCUUUGCUGCCGGGGUUGAAGGUGUGUGUGAAGCAUCCAUAGUUUAAUGAUUGUCUACUGUCAUGGCUGUUUAUGAGACUGGACAGACAUGGAUGUAAGCCCUAACUGCUUCUUGACUGGUUUCUAGAGGCAUAUGACAGUGACGCUUUAAUCUAGGUUUUAGUAUUGAGCGGAAAUUUAAACACGUCAUAUUUUUUCAAAAUCGAGAAUCACAGGGUGACUGUUAUUUUCAUUCAGGGUGUAACAUUAAUACAUCUUCAUGCACAAAAUGGAUGAAUUUAUAUAUGUUUAGCCAUGAUCACCGCUCACAGGAUUCUAGAGAAACAGGCUCAACUCAAAUCAACACCGUAAACAGUCAGUUCUGUACGUUAAGACAGGAUUGAGUUUUAAGUUAAAAAAUGAUUCAGUUAACCCUCACUGCUGGUUGGUGUUGCAAAAAGUUAUCUCCCACUAAGAGAUGAGCACAUUCACUAUGUGGCUAUGGGUGCCAUGUCGCAGUCAGCUGUGUAAUCUGCGUGGACAUGUAUUUGACUUUCAAGAUUUUUUUCAUUCCAGCAGCAGCAGAAUUCUUAAUGGGUGUGCAAACCUUACAACAACAAUGCACAUGCUUGAAUAGCAAUGAAUGAGCCAGUUCAGUUGUAAGAUGCUUAUCGUGUUCAGGUCUAACCUGUUAAGACUUUGGGAUCUGCAUUUAUAAGCUGAUGGUGAAAAUGACAGUGAGGGCAGCGUGUGCAGAACGACUCGGAUACAACGGAGGAAGUUACACAAUGCCAAAGCCAAAACCAGUUCCUUCGCCAAGGACACAGUUUUUCCCUUCAAACAAAACUGAGGACGACGAGCUGCCAAAAUGUAGCUCCGCUCCUCAGUCUCCCACGACAUCUUCACAGGGAGGUUUGGUCUGCCGAACUCCUCCACCAGUGUCACCAAAGAGGUGGACUGUCAAAAGGAGUUCAGGAGGAUAUGACUCUGUAAAUGGCACUCUGGAAAUAGUAAAGGUGGUUGCUGAACCACCAAGAUAUGCGAACUGUAAACCACAACCUCCUCCGCUGCCUCGGAAAUCUCCAAAAGAACAGCCUGAGACUGCAUACGAAAUUCUGGAAGUUAACUCUUUGUCGGACCGGCAGAACGAACCGAUACCCUGGAAUUCUCUGUGCAAAAACCUUAAACUAAGAAGGGAGACAGAAACAAAGAUCAUCCAAGUUAAAGCCGAAAAUCUCUACAAGGCUAUCCAGCAUUACAUCUUCCUGCUGUCUGAACAUGGUGGCACACUAAAGGAACACACUGCUGAGCUGCUCUGCAUUGCUGACAACUUGGACAAGGUUUCAAAGGGGACCAAGAUUGCUGGCAUCACAGGAGGGGCCACAACUGCAGCGGGAAGUGUGGCAGCAGUUGCUGGGGUGAUUCUGUCUCCAUUCACAAUGGGAGCCUCACUGGCUCUAACUGCAGUCGGGGUUGGCGCGGCUGUGGCUGGCGGCGUCACUGGUGCAUCAGCAGCCAUCGCCAAUAAGACAAAAGUCGAUCAGGGUAAGAAGAAAGUAGAGAAGACCUUCCAGGAGUACAAGCACCUCAUGAUGAUUAUUCAGGAUUCCUUGAAGUUCAUUAACGAGGGCAUGGAGCAGCUGAAGCAGCAUGAUCUGUCUGUUCUGAGUGAAGCCAGGAGGGGCUCAGUGAAAGUGGCCAAGAUUGUACAACUGGCCACAACAGGAGGAGCAAGUGCCAGGGCCAUAGAGGCUAACAGCAAGGCCUCUGGGCUGAUGGAAGGCUUCGCCCUCGGCAUGGAUCUCUACUUAUCCCAAGGAAAGAACGAUCAGAAGCAAAAGAAGGGCCUUAAUUCGGCACUUGCAAAGAAAAUCCGUACGCUAGCAGUGGAGCUCAAUAAGGGUCUGGAUGAGCUCAAGGAGCUGUUCAGUGAGCAUUGUUCGAAGGAGUAAAGCGUUUCCAAAUUUUAUAUUUGAUAUUUGAAAAAAAGAGGGAAUACAGUGCCUGGCAUCUAUUUAGCCAACUUCAAAUGUCAGAAUUUUAGAUGCUUCUCUGAUAUUUCUUUUUGUUUUGCUUUUAAUGUUAUAUCUGGACACAAUAUAUAUCAUCUGGAAUUUGAAUACAUUUAUUUUCAAAUUAUCUCUAUCCAUUUAAUUUGCAUUUUGUUUUUUAUGUUAAAUUUCCAGCUGAGUUUUUUUUAAAUAGACUUUAAAGUGCCUUUGUGUAGGAAAUGUGCCACACAACUACACUUGCUUUACUUUGUUUUUACCUCUCCUGCUUUAAAUAUUUGGUAUUAUUGGUAUGUCACUUUGAAUGAUUGUUCUCUGAUAUAAAAAUUCAAACUGAUUUAAAGUAAAUGGUAGUCCUAUCUGUUAUUUUGUACAAUGUCCAGAAAUGUAUGAGGAUGGAAAGAAUUAAACACUUUAUAGUACCUGCAGCUAACCACUAGGGGGCAGUCCAGUUCUUGCCACUGUGAGCCAUAGCUGGGUUCAAUAGGUUUAACCACCAGCUGCAAUGAAUUCUCAAAAGAACUGCAUGUUGCUGAAGCAGAGACGUAGUAACAACUAAUAUAGGACUACAAUAUAUUGUUAUGGUGCAGGGACAGCCCGCAAAAAUCUGCAAAUGUAAAUGUCUAGAUUUUCUUUCUCAUGCCUCUGAUUCUUGAGCUACUGUAACAUGUGGGAUCAAUAAAGUCUUAAGUGAGAGAGAGUAGAAUACACAGGUGUGAAAGAUUUUUCGUCCCAUUAAAGUUAGUUGGUAACUUAUUGUCCCCAUUCAGUGUGUAAAAUUGUCAUUGGCUUCAUCACACGCUAUUAAAAAAAAACACACGAC